CUCUACUUCCACCACUGCCGCACCCGCAGUGCCUGAGUCAUAUUCAUCUACAGCCGCUGUACAGCCUCACCAAGGAUACCCGGCGUCGAGAUAAGGCUCAGUCGUAGCACCGCCCUCCUCCUCGCCCCCUUUCCUCCCCCCUUCGAUGCCCCUUGGUCGUCUGACAACUUCGCUCUCGACUUUACUACGACCAACGCAGCGCAUCUCCUAUCCAACUACCACCGCUCCUCCUUCUCUCACCUCGCCACUGUCCUGGACACUUCGCAUUCGACCCGCUUCGACAAUGGCAGCCCAGGCCACUACUCCUUCAUCCCAGAGCAACAGCAUCGGAGAUGUCAAGGGCAACUUCAAGCUGCUCCAGGACUUUGCCCUGCCUUAUGCGCCAGAGAUGAAGGUGCAGAAGUGGAAGAGUGUCAAGUCUGGUCUCACGCUAGUAUGGGCCAACUUCCAGAGCCCUCUGUUGAACGCUUACCUCACUGUUCCCACGGAGAUCUUCAAUGAUUCUGGUGUACCUCAUACCCUUGAGCAUCUCAUCUUCCUCGGAUCGCACAAGUACCCCUACAAAGGUCUUCUUGACUCCCUCGCCAACCGGGCCUUUGCCAAUGGUACCAAUGCCUGGACUGCUACCGAUCACACUGCAUACGAGCUGACCACGGCUUCCUCUGAUGGCUUCCUACGCAUGCUGCCCAUCUACACCGAUCACCUCUUCAGCGCCACAAUGACCGAUGCCGGCUUCGUAACCGAGGUGUACCACAUCAAUGGCAAGGGACAGGACGCCGGAGUCGUUUUCAGCGAGAUGCAAGGAAGGGAGAACACCUCUGGGGACCUGCUCGCUGGACGGAUACAGAAGUCUCUGUACCGCGAUGGAAGCGCAUAUCGUAGCGAUACAGGUGGUCUAAUGGGCAAGCUGAGGGUACUGACGGUAGAAGAGAUUCGAGAGUACCACGCCAAAUAUUACGCUCCACACAAUGUAGCCUUGGUCGUGGCGGGCCCACUGCCAGCGGAAGAGCUCUUGAAGACGGCCAAUGCCAUCGAUGACGAUCUGAUCAAGUCUGGCAAAGCGCCAGGACCAUCAGGACCCAGUGGCUGGACCAGGCCUUUCCUGACCACGCCUUCAGCCAGUGCUCCAAUCAUCGAUGGAACAGAAGCGGGCGAUGACCCUUCGCUCUACCCAGUUGAUGACGACUCUUCUCGGGACAAGCUUCGGAGAAAGAACACAAUCGAGUUCCCCGAGGAAGACGAGUCCACUGGAGAGGUCUAUCUCACCUGGAUGGGGACGACGUGGGGACAGUGGCUCGAAGAGGAAGCUAUCAGCGUCUUGGAGACCUACCUCACAGACAGUGCCGUCUCUCCGCUACAGCGGGCUCUCGUCGAGCGUGACGACCCGCUGUGUACCGACAUUAGCUUCUCGUCCGAGACACAGGCUGGCAGGGGCACUCUUUCUGCCUACUUCAGCUCUGUCCCCACCGAGAAGCUCGCCGAUCUCGACCUGGAGCUGAUCAGACUACUGAAGAAGAUUGUACAAGAGGGAGUCGACAUGGAGAGGAUGAAGAUGUGCAUCAAGCGCGAUAGGAUUAAGGAGCUGAAUCAGCUGGAGGUCAGGACCGCCGAGUGCUUUGCAGACUCUUUGAUCAUUGAUCACCUCUACGGCAAGGAGGAUGGUGCGGAUCUGCCUGCCGGUAUGGAUUCGAUGGCCCGCUAUGAUCAGCUUGGCCAUUGGACGUCAGAGCAGUGGACGGCCUUGCUCUCCAAGUACUACAUCGACAACCCGAGACUGGUUGUAGUGGGAAGACCCUCCAAAGCUCUAGCCAAGAAGCUGAAGAAGGAGACGAAGGCCCUCGAAGCCAGCCGGAGGAGCGAGUUGGGCGAAGAUGGUCUGAAGGAGCGUGCGAGCAAGGUGGAAGAGGCCCGCAAAAUCAACGACCGGCCCAUCCCCGAUGAGCUACUGAAUGGCUUUAAGAUUCCCAGCAAGGACAGCAUCCUCUGGAUCGAGAGCGGUCAAGCAUUGGUGGGUACGAGACCCAAGACGUCAGGUCAGCAUGUGGCCUCUCCUCGCACAUCGUUCGACGAGCAGCUCGAGAAGCAUCUCAAUCAAGAUCGAGGAUCCAGCGAUAGCAGCCCGUUGCCCUUCCCGGUGCAAUUCGCCCAAGUCUCAUCUGCCUUUGUACGAAUUACGCUUGUCUUUCCCACGACCGAUCUGCCUUCACACCUUCGCCCGCUGAUGGAGCUAUACCUGGAGACCUUCUUCUCCCUUCCCAUCAAGCGCAACGGGACCGAGCUCGUAUCCUACGAGGAUGUGAUCAAGGGUCUCGACAACGAUACUGUGGACUAUGACACUCGUCUUGGCGUCGGCACUGGCUUUGCUGAAAACGUUUCGAUUACCAUCAAGGUGGAAAAGGAGAAGUACGCCCAGGCUGUAGAAUGGCUGCGAGAUCUAGUGUGGAACUCUGUCUUUGCAGUCGAGCGAUUGAAGAUCUCCGCUGCCAAGACGACGCAGACGCUGCCGGAGCUCAAGCGGGAUGGAAGCUCCCUCUCCUGGGCACUUUCGCGCCUGCAGACGCACGAUCUGGACAAGUCGACCAAUGUCGCUACUUCAAUCCUGUCGAUUUUGACUCAUAUGCCUCUGCUGAACAAGGCUCUGGCAGAGACUCCUGACAAGGUCGUCGGUCAGCUCGAGGAGAUUCGAAAGACGGUCUUUAGGCCAGACAAUCUCGUCGUAGGCGUGACAGGCAAUGUCUGCGGUGUUGAGCAGCCCCUGACCACCUGGUCGAAAUUCACUGCCUCGGGCAACGGCUCCACAGGAGCAAGUGGUGCUCUACGUGUCCCUUGGACGCGCGAGGUGCUCACUCCUCUGGCUCUGACACCGUCCAAGAAGGGUCUCAUCUGCCCUCUGCCCACCAUCGAGUCUUCCUACAGCGUCUUUACCGGACGGGGCAUCCUCGGGUACAAUCAGCCUGAUAGCGCUGCGCUGACUGUCGCCCUGGCCAUUAUGAACGCCACCGAAGGACCCUUCUGGAGGUGCAUUCGAGGUGCAGGUCUUGCCUACGGUGCCGGCAUCCGCGCUUCACCCGAGGCAGGUCUACUCCAAUUCACACUGUAUCGCUCGCCCGACUCGGGCAAGGCCUUCAUCGAAGCGCGCAAAGUCGUCCAGACCCUUCUGGCCGACUCGUCUUCCUCUGCUGCCUCUUCUGAGCCCGGUCUCACCCUCGACCAGCCAUCUUUGGACGCAGCCAAGUCCCUCUUGCACUACUCUGCCGCAGAGUCCGAGUCGAAUCCUUCGCAAGCAGCCGGCGGCGUCUUUGUCGAUGAGGUGAUCAAGGGCGUGGGGCGGGGCAACGCGCGCAGGGCUCUCGACGACAUUGCCUCUGUGGGUCUAGCCGAUGUGCGACGUGUGCUAGUAGAGUACGUCCUCCCCCUCUUUGAUCCUCAGACGAGCAUUUGUGCUAUUGCUAGCUCGCCGGGAAGGGUAGGGGAGAUUGAAAAGGCACUCAAGGAGAUUGGGUACGAGAUGGAGAGGAGAGAGAUUGAUUUGGGCAAGGAUGAAGGGGAUGAUGAGGAGAUGGGCAGUGAGAGUGGAAGUGAGAGCGGGGGGUCGGAAAGUGAAGAGGGGACAAGCAGUGGUGAUGAGAGCAGUACCGGAUCGGGAGCUGUAGAUGAGAAGAAGUGAGCGGACCAAGCUGGCGUAGACGCUACGUGAGAUUAGGUACUAUGGCAUCUCUACAAUAGAUCAUGAUCAUCUUCAUCACCACCAUCACGACUACCAUAACCAUCAUCAAUCGCAGCGCAGCGCAAUGCUGCUUUCCUUGCG